UAAAUGGACCUGUAAUUUACCAUAUAAUAUCAAAUAAUCAUUUAUUUUAUAAACAAUAAUAACAAAAAUAAUAUUAACAAGAAAUUUUUUCCUCUAUUCCCUAAUAGUGUUAGUUGUUUAAUGUUCAGUAUUAAUUAUUUUUAACAAAUAUAAUUUUAUUUUUUUUUAAUUUUAGGUAAAAAAAAAUAAAGAGUGUACUUUCUGUUAUUUUAUUAGGUAGGUACUGAUUUUUAAAAUCAUUGUUAUCUAAAUUUAUUUUGUUUUUUCUAUUAUUCAAGCAUUCAAGAAUAUUUUAAUUAGCGAUUUAUAGGUGAAUACAAUCAAACUAUUGUAAAUAAUUGUAAAUAGUAUCUACUUAUGCAUUGAAGCAAAUAUAAAAUGGCUGAAAAAGCUGCGCAUCACACAAAGACUUUUGUAAAUCGCCCAUCGAUUUUCGAAGUAAUUGCACAAGAAAAUUUUUCUUCUACUGGUUAUCCAGCAUUGAAAAGAAUAUUUAACGUAAGUCAUUAUAUUAAUGUAGACAAAAAUUUGAAUUAUGUUUAAUUUUAGUUCCUAAUUGUUUUAGUAUAUUGCUCUCAAGAAUCCCCAACGAUUAAACUGGCUCAUACAACACUUUGACGAAGUAUUUUUAACACUGAACACUUUAUGUCAAUAUUAUUAUUUGAAGAAAUAUGGUAAGAAAAUCCUAAUAUAUUGUUUUUUACGCCUAUAAAUAGCAUUUAAAAUAUAAUUUGUAAUUGUAGGAGGAACGUUCUCUGAAAACUUUUAUGAUUUGACAAGAGUAUCACGUACAAACAAUUCUAAACCUGCUAUUGAUCAGUUAUAUAUCAGUUUAGUUCUAACAGUCUCUGUGCCUUAUUUACAAAAUAAAUUUGAUGCAUACAUCGAUCAGUUGCAAACAAAAUAUAAAUUGCAGCUUAAAGAAGUAAUUAAUGUUAUUAUAAUAAUGUUAUGUUUACACUAUUUGAAAUACAACGAGAACAAAUAAACUGAGAUGAUUUGGGCACAUCAAAAAGAGAAAGAAAUCUGAAGUAGGAAAAAUUGUAUUAAAAAUAAAUGUUAGAGGAAAAUCGAGGAGAGGAAGACCAUAAAAAAGGCGGAUUGAUGCAAUUGAAAAUGAUAUAAGAACAGUGUAUGCUAGUUGGGAGAUAAGGUCAAAUGGAGGCUUAGAACAAGGGAAGAGGGCGAAAUUGCUUAAAGUAUAAUAACUUGUUUACAGAAAUUAUUUUAGUAUAAAAAAAUACUGUAUGAUUUUUAGUCUUUUUGUGUCAGUCAGUGGUUUUUUUUUCAAAAAUAAUAAUUUUUAAUAAAACAAAGAUUUGAAUAUUAUUAAAUUUAUUUUACUGGUUUUUUUUUAUAAAAAAACCAUAAUUAGAAAAUAAUACUAUUAAAUAAUACUUACUGUUUGCCAUAAGGUUAAGCAGAAUUACUAAAUUAUUUCAAAGUUUAAUGAAUAAAUAAAUAAAUUAUUAGGUUUUGUCUUAAAGACUUAAGUCAUCUUGAAGUAUGAUUUUGAACCAUCAAAAAAUAUUUAUUUUUUUUUUUUUGUGAAUUUAUUUUAACAGUGAUAGCACUGUAUAUAUAUGGAUCCUUUUUAUCUAAAUUAAACAUAAAAUUAUCAAAUUUUUUUUUUUAAAAAAAACAUCAAGUUUUAAUUAAUUGAUGCAAAUUGACUAUAACCAGGUCAAGCAAAAUUAUUAGUUUGAAUAAUAAAUGCUUUAUAUUUACUUGGUGUUGUGUUAAAAUUUCUCCGUAGAAAAUAAUUAUAAAUCAUACCAUAAAAGUUCAUUAACUAUAUUUAAACAUUUACAAAGUUAAUCUAAAAACUAUCCUCCAAUAAUGAGGUUUUAUUUGUGUAUUUGAACAAGUUACCGAAUGUAAAUGGGGAUGAGGAAAUUUCGAUUGUUUAUAUGUAGACUAAAAAUCUAUUCAACCUAUCCUAUGUUUAUCUAUCAUUAAUUUGAUUAUCCAUAGAAUUGUAAAUAAAUGUAUACAUUUUUUUAGAAAGUAUUUAUUGCAUUGAAUAAAAUAUUUCAUACAUGUUGGGAAACAGUGUGUUUAAUAUAUUAUAUUAAAUAUAUAAAUGGAUCUAGUCAAACACAUUCAGUUUUAUUAGAUGUAGCUGGCAUGGUCUUAACUUAUAAAAAUAUUAAAUCGUCAAAUAAUGAAUCACUUGCUGCUCAAUUAAGGUAAAAUAUUAUUCUUCUUAUAAACAUUAAAAUUUAUAUGUAUGUAAUUUAAUUCAUUUUUAGUAUAAGAGAACAAAUUAAAAACUAUUUAUAUUAUGGAAUAUCUCAUUCUUUGGAAUUGGGUGCAUUUUUUAUGCAGUUUUUAAAUUGGUGGCAUUCAGAAAAUUUACAAUCAAAAUUUAUCGCCUAUCCCAUACCUAAUCCUCCCAAGGUAAGUUAUACAGUCUUAUUUAAUUAUUGGAUCAUAUUCUAUAUAAGAGUAAUUUUAAAUUAAACUUUAACAGAAAAACGAGAAAUAUAAUUAUCUUAGAAACACUAAUAAGUGCCCAUUAUGUAUAAAAGAAAUGAAAAUGCCAACUGCUCUUACUGUAUCAGGGUAAGUUUAUGUAAUAUUAUUAUAUAUUUACAUAAUAUAUAAUAAUAAUGAAAUUUAAUUUAUUUUACAAAUAAUUAAACAAUUUUGAAUUGUACAAAUUACGUUUUAUUGGUUCUACUCUAUUUGAUUUUAUUUUUUAUACAUUUUGUUUUUAGAUUUGUUUUUUGUUACAAGUGUUUGCAUCGAUCACUUAUGACAGAAUCUAGAUGCCCAAUCACUAAAAUACCAGCAACAAUGCAAGAUAUGAUUAGAAUUUUUUCAGAUACUGAAUGAAUUUGUAUUAAUUUAUGUAAAAUUAAUGAAUUAA